GGCUGCGCUGACGCGGGCGGCGGGGAGGAGCCCGGCUUUGGCGCCGCCCUCGGACGUGCGGAGACUCCGGGGAGUGACUGCGACAGACCAGUCGGCGCGGUGGCCGCGGCGGGAGCGCACCGCGGGCUCCUCAGUUCGCGUCUUGCGUCUGACGGAGCCCGGGAUGGCGGCGGUCCGGUCCUUCUCCGGGCUGGUGCCGGUGACCUUCAAUGAUGUGGCCGUGACCUUCACCCAGGAGGAGUGGGAGCAGCUGCGCCCUGCCCAGAGGGCCCUGUACCAUGAGGUGAUGCUGGACAACUACAGUCUCCUGGUGUCUGUUGGAUGCUCUGCUCGCAAACCUGAACUGAUCACGCAGCUGGAGCACUGGAAGGACGUAGUGAAGACAGAUGUCUCCCCAAGCACCAGUGCAGGUGUUAGCAGUCUGAGUGCCAGCAAAGAGGUGACUCUUACUCCUGCAUCCAAAGGUGAUAAAGGAAUACUCAAGCUCAUAGAUCCUGCCACUUUUAAACCAGUUCUGUCUGAGGGAGUCUCAGUCCACGAACAGCUAGCACAAGGAACCCCAAGGGAGUCCCAAAAGGAGCAGACCAAGGCUCAGGGUGGGCCUUCAGAAACUCAAGGGCACUUGAGACCAGUGAGAGAGCCCCAGAAGGACAGACUCCCUGGGAAGCUGAGCCUCAAACAUGACAGUGUAGGGACAGCUCAUGGCGUGUGUAAGUGGAUUGUACAGGAGGUGGACACUACAGAAGAUGUUAUAAAUAUCUCCUCUGACUCAGAGGAGGAACCCAUGGCUCAGGCCGAGGAAAACGUCUUUAAAUGCAAUGAAUGUGGGAAGGUUUUUAGCAAGAAGCGCCUCCUUGCUGGGCAUGAGAGGACUCACUCUGGAGUGAAGCCCUACGAGUGCACGGAGUGUGGGAAAACCUUUAGUAAGAGCACUUACCUCCUUCAGCACCACCUGGUCCACACGGGGGAGAAGCCCUAUAAGUGUGCGGAGUGCGGGAAGGCCUUCAACCGCAAGUCGCACCUCACACAGCACCAGCGCAUUCACAGUGGCGAGAAGCCUUACCGGUGCGACGAGUGUGGAAAGGCCUUCACCCACCGCUCCACUUUUGUCUUGCACGAGAGAAGCCACACUGGAGAGAAGCCCUUUGAGUGCAAAGAGUGUGGGAAAGCUUUCCGAGACAGGCCAGGCUUCAUCCGACACUAUACCAUCCACAGUGGCGAGAACCCCUACGAGUGCUUCGAGUGCGGCAAGGUCUUCAAGCACAGGUCCCAUCUCAUGUGGCACCAGCAGACUCACACCGGGGAGAAGCCCUACGAGUGCGGUGAGUGUGGGAAGGUGUUCUGCGAGAGCGCGGCCCUCAUUCACCACUCUGUCAUCCACACAGGAGAGAAGCCCUUUGAGUGUCCCGAGUGUGGGAAGGCCUUCAACCACAGAUCGUACCUCAAGAGGCACCAGCGCAUCCACACCGGGGAGAAGCCCUACGUGUGCGCCGACUGCGGGCGGGCCUUCACCCACUGCUCCACGUUCAUCUUGCACAAGCGGGCCCACUCGGGGGAAAAGCCUUUCGACUGCAGAGAGUGCGGGAAAGCCUUUAGCAACCGCGCGGACCUCAUCCGACACUUCAGCAUCCACUCCGGGGAGAAGCCCUUUGAGUGCUCUGAGUGCGGGAAGGCCUUCAGCCGCAGGUCGGGCCUCACCAGGCACCAGCGCAUCCACAGUGGGGAGAAGCCCUUCCAGUGUCUCGAGUGCGGGAAGACCUUCUGCUGGAGCACCAACCUGAUUCGCCAUUCUAUCACCCACUCUGGAGAGAAGCCCUACGAGUGCAUCGAGUGCGGGAAGGGCUUCAGCCGCAACUCCUCCCUCACCCAUCACCAGAAGAUCCAUCUCGUGAGCACCCCUGUUCACAGGGCAGAUGCAGAUGACGCCCUCUCCAGCGGCCGCCAGCCCUCAGCCGACCCCCAGGAAAUCCUGUCUGAUGACGAUCUCUUACCAGAGGAAGCUGCAGAUUCGGAAUCUGAUCUUUCAUACCAAGAAGCCUCCUGACUUUCUUCCUCGUGAGAAAGCAGCUUUCUGUUGCAGGGUAUCAGUGGUCGUGUAAAGAGUAGUGAUACUGGAAAGAGACGCGGUCUGUAUAGCUUCAUUCUGCAUCAGACUUUCGUCUGGGCAGAGACUCGCUGCUUACUGUGUUCUUAGCAAAACUUUAACUUAAAGACAUUUUUCUCCUUAAUUUCCAUUGCAAUCUCAUCUCAGGAAUGUUGGGUGUUUUUUUUCCAAAGAAAGGAAGAGAGAAGAGACAAUGAACUCCAAAUUCAGUUUCUCUCAGACUUCCUUGUCAAACCCACAGCGCCUCCCCUGUCCCACACCUUCGCUUCUUCUGCAGGAGAAGGCUUGGCGCCCGACAUGAAGGGCCGAGGCGUAGCCUUCAUGUGUCUGUGUGUAGAUUCAUUGCUGUCCGCGCCAAGCGGUUAAGUUGAUUAGGGCAAGUCUGGGAAUUUCCUUUGUCUUGUUGUUCUAAAGUAUUGUGCUAACUAUUAAUUACUUUUUUUUUUUUUGCAAGAAAUGCAAAGGCUCAAACCAUCAGCUGCUUUGAUAAAAUACACAUAUGAAUGAGCACAUCUUAUACCUGGUGAGACUGAAGUUUUGCUUUUAUAAAACAAGCCGUUUCUUCAUGUGGCUUAAAAGAUACAGACUUUCUCUUGAUCCUCCUCCUCACUCUCUCCUCCUUCUUGUAUUGCUGUGGUUCUGUAGUGAAGUUUUUUACUUUGGUGAAGUGAUUCCUCUCUAAUUUUCUUAUUUAUUAAAAUAGACUUAGCUGUCAUAGUUGCUUGGUGGAGUUUUUUGGGUAAACAUUUCUUGUCUCUCAAAACAAAUCUUUAUGGAAUUUUAUAGACGUUGGUAGAUCAAUUUAUUGUGGGUUGGCAUCACUACUAUGCCUAGUCUUUUAUUUCAUGAGCGUAUUAUAUAUUCACUCAAGUAUUAUUAGACUUCUCUCUAAUAAGUAGUAGAUUAUUAGUCGAUUCUGUGUAGUUUUUAUUUUAAGGUUUAUAUCGAAGGUUUUUUUUUUCUUAGUCUGUGUCCCAUGUUCCUGGUGUGCUAAUUUUUGUUGAGUUUGGCUGGGUGUUGAUUUCUGUCAAAUUUUUCCUCUCUCACUUGAUCUUGUGUAGACUCUUUUUAUAUUUACACCGACUUAUAUAUUAAAAUCGAACCAACUUCAAGUCCUUAGGAAAAACUCCAUUUGGUCAUGGAGUGUAAUACUUUGACAUCUUACGUUACAGUAUAUUACUAUAUAUAUUUAGUAUGCUGGUAUUCGUUGAUGGAGUUUUUGCCUGGUCUCACAUGUGGUAGUGAUAUGCAGUCCUCUUUCUCUCUCUCUCUUUCUCUCUCUCUCUUUUCUUUUCAUGUUGUUGUUGUUGUUGGAUUUUGGUGUCUGUAAAUCACUGCGCUCCCACCAUGUGCUGGGAGGCUUUCCUCUAUUGUUUGGAUGACAGUGUGUGAAACAGGCUUUAUUUGAUCCUUUCGUUUUGGGUAGCAUUCUCCAGACAACUGUUUAGACCUGGGGGAUUUCUCUGGCGAUGGCACACUUGGUUAAUCGCUCGCAUCCACUGGUACUUCUUUGAGCUCACUGAGUCUUUCCUCUCUCAUGUCUAAUUUACAGUUGAACUUGUCUAGUGAGUUUUUGUUCUGUUGUUUGGUUUCUUUGGUUGUUUACUCUCUUAUUUGUUUCUCUUAUAAAUCUUAUAGUUCUUUGUAAUACUAAAGGGCUCUGAGGAAAAAGGGCUUAAUUGUGUUAUUUCAAAGUUACGUUUCUUGUGGCUAGAGAAAUAGCGUAACUGGUAGAGCAUUUAACUUGCAUACCUGAGACUCCCAGUUCAGUCUCCAACACUGCAUGUCCCAGGGUGGUGCUCUGCUGUCUUUUUUUUCUAUUUUGUGUGAAAAUCUCUGUCUCUGACAUGUAAUAAGUAAAUCUUUCAUAUAUAUAUAUGUACAUAUAUGUUUUUUAAAAGACAAACUUAUGUUUCUCUGUGAAAAUCUUUGUCUCUGACAUGUAAUAACUAAAUCUUUCAUAUAUAUAUGUAUAUAUAUUUAUAUAUAUAAUCUGUUUCUAAAAAGACAAACUUAUGUUUCUCUGGUAGUUCAUCUUGAUUGUGGAAUAGAAACCCUAAAUUCUCUGGAGGACUGGAAGGCCUGUAGUCCCUUCUAUGUUAGUAUCUACACGUCAUACAAAGACAGAUUUUAGAACUGAUAAUGGCCUACAGAUUGUUCAGAGCUGUGUUCUCCAGGAAACGUCUGCUUACAAUUCCUCAGCCUCUAAGCCCUGUCAGCAUCUUGCCAUCCUCUUCCCAGAAUAAUUCCUCCUUUUUGUGAUUAAAGACAUCCCUCCCCACCAGCUUUUCCAGCGCACCUCCACUGACUGACUUUGGCUUCCUCCUGUCCCUCCCCUUCUGUCCGCCUCACACAGCCGUGCUCAUGUCUCCAGUCUCGCCCCCGGACCUUCCUGCUCCAUCUGCCCAUCUAGCUAGGCUUUCGCUUCCUCACGCAGACAUGGCCUUGUUCUGUUCCCAAAGAGCCUGUGCUUUGGUCUUACUGUGUCUCAGCCAUCACUCUGGAGGGUUUAGACACACCCAUUGCGUUAACGUUUCCAACGAGUCUAUGUGGGAGGCGGUAUCACUCACAUUUUAGAGACGAAGAACCGAGAUCCGGAGUGCUAAGGGACCUGUACGCUAGAGUCCAACCUGUGAGGAACUGAGUAGGAAUGAAGGGCUGCUGGGUCCACGGCCUUCUGAUCCCCGAUCCAGCUCUGCACAGGGUCAGGUCUCGCUUCUCUGGGCGCCAUUGCCUUGUACAGAAUGAACCGAAUGGUCUUCGCGUAGCCGUAGUUGCCUUUUCUCAAGUGACACCACACAUCCUGGCUGUCCCCCCGGGGUGUGACUCCGAUGGCCUUUUGUCCCCGUGUGGAAUGCUCGUGUGGUGCCGGCCUUGAGCACGUGGCAGACCAGUGGAGAAGGGUUCAGGGCACACGUGUAGCGACUGGGACUGUGUUUGCGGUGCUUGCAGAGACAUCUCGGUGAAUUCCACUGCCUGCUGCCUGCUGCUUCACCCAGACCAGACACUUUGCAGCCACCAGACACUUUGCAGCCACGGAUCUUUCCUCGUUGGCUCAUUCCGUUCAUUUCACCGUUUCCAUCCUCCUUAGUCGACGUUCAGCGUACGUGUUCUAGUGAGUGACCGUACACACCAAGGUGUUUCGGUAACCAUGCUUGACAGGGUACUUACCCGGAGCUUGGCACAUGGCUGGCACAGCAGAAGGUACACGCUGACCUUGAAGCAGCCCUUCAGGGCUGACAUGGGCAGAUGUGGUCGACUUUAAAAGUCACAGCGAAAUGACCAUAUUGAAAGUUGCUUGUCGCCAAUCCAGGUUUGUUGGUUGAUGAGGAAGACGCCAGUAACUCAGCAGUCACCGUAGCUAAAGGGUCGGGUUUAUCGUGGCCAAAAAACGCAAAACAGACCAGGGGAGAGGGAGGCUCCAGAACCCGAGUCCAGAGAAAACCAGGGUCGGGUUCCAGGAGUUCAGGAUACUUAGCAUUACUCAUGCUAGCAGGGAGCUAUGACAGCAUGUGCGAAGUGUCUGCUAGUCAACUCAGUAGAAACUGGGAGUUCAGAGUUCUUACUGGGACUCUGUGUCCUUUGUGUUGACCGUGAACACCCCCCCCCCCAGGCCGCCAGAAGAGCAGUUCAGAGCAUAUGUCACUGCUGCUGGCUAGACAGCAGAGAUGGGAAGCCUGGCAUCCCAAACUCGAGUCGGGGAUAAGUUUCGAGCUCAAAGGACAGCAAGCAAAGGCCUGGUGUUUUCUUUCGUCACGGUCACUCAGACGGAACUAAAGCGUGAAGUAUUUCAUAUAUCUUUAACAGAUAGUUAACGAAGUUUGCUACAAUAAAAGCAAAUCUUGGUGAUAAAUGUUCAUAGGUGUAAACAACUGUAAGUAGCGCCCUCAGUUACAUCACAGUGUAUUCAAGAAGUUGAGCGGGGGAGACAGCAUCAUAGUUCUGCAAAGAGAGACUCAUGCCUGAGGCUCCAAAGUCCCAGGUUCAGUCCCCCGCACCACAGUAGGCCAGAGCUGAACAGUGCUCUGGAGGGAAAAAAAAAAAAAAACUAAAAAAUUUUAAAAAUAAAAAAAAAACUUAAGUAGAAUGAAAUUUAGUGAUGACAGCGGCCAGGAAAAUAACUCAACUGGUGGACUGAGGGAUCUGUGUCUGAGGCUCCCAGUUAGAGACCUGGCACGCACGUAUGCUUUGGUUUUCUCUCUCUUCUCUCUCUUUCAGUGUGAAACUCUAAUAUAAAGUAAAUACAAAUCUUUAAAUUUAGUGAUUAUAAAAUGCCUGGUGCAAAGGCUUUUGCUUCGCUUAAUACCAAUCCCUAUAAAGCUUUGUCUUGAAGUGAUCUGACUUGCAAAUAGGACCUUCGCUGGCCUUUGUAUAUAUAUAAAACGUAAUGAUCGGGCCAGUAUGUGUUUCCAUUGAACAUAUGAACGAUUACUUGUUCCUGCUAUUGAAGCUUAUACAUAGCCUUUGAUUCAACAGCAAAACUUAAAGAAUAGGGGGUCCUACUAAUUCCCGUCUUGUCAAAAAUGCACACCUUGAGAUUCAAGUGUGUUUUUCAGGCUUGGUGAAGGUCAUGGAUCUGUCUGAAUUUCACUUGAAAGGCGUGAGAGCUGAGUCUGUUUUCUACAGAGACAUGAACAGAAGCCUGAUCUGUGUCAAUGAACAGACUCCUUUCCUGUCUCAGGGGUGAGAGAAUUGGCCAUCUCUGAGGCACUCAGUUCUGUCCCCCUUGACUGGUGAAAGUUAGGCUUUGCAGUCUGUUUGCUCCAAGCCAGGUUACACAUCUCAGUGGAAAGGGCUAAACUGUCAACAGACGACAUAUCUUGCCUUCCUUGGAUCAAUGUCAGGAGGACAGUGCCUCUAAUCAGACUACCUGCUAGUUGGCCUUGCUGGGGAAGGACAUUCCCCUCUCUUCUGCUCCCCUUUAAUCUGGGGGAGCCGUGGACUAAGCAUUUUUCCAUUCUGGUGGUCUGGCAUCUUGCCACCUUGCUGACAGUGGACGUUUUUCACAGUCAGAAAACCAACAGUUUAAAAUGAUCCACCUCCUGUAGCCUCCGAGGAGGUGAGGCAGGUAGAGAGCCCUGUUUACAAGAUGAAGUCCUGACAUCCGUCCUUGACCCAGCAGACAGCGCAGUAAUAGUCCUGUAUGUGAUUCCUACGCGUGCUUUGCCUCUGCUUGAAGAGAGCAAACAUCCCGCAGCUGCCCGCAGUUCCCUAUGUCAGGCCAAAUGUGCGUCUUGCUUUGUGAACCGAAUAGAACCUUACCCACCUUAACGCUUGCCUUAGCAAAAUGAUUACUGAAGUAACAGUAAAAGUGUCCCAGCUUGCUUAUCGAGCUCUGUUCCUGCUAUAGAAAAGCUGUCUUGUGUACUUUGAUGUUCAAAGUUCUAUAUACGUGUCACAGUGUUAUCUUCCUCCUGGUGUCUUCUUCCUUAUGUAUGUUUCUCAAAUGUUUUGUGUGUUUUGGAUUAAUAGUUACAUGGAAUAUAUUUUCCAGACCUUUAUCUCCUCUGUCUCUGCAACAUUCAAAGUGUUACUUAUAAGAUGAAAAUUGCUGUGUUUAUAUUUCAACCUACCAAAAAGUUCUGUGUUGCCAUGGAAGCACUUACUCCACUCAAUGCCAUGUGGUAGAUGCUGUAUUUGGCCUUAAAGGUCGCUUUGCAAUUUGGGCUCCUCUUGGCUUCCGUUCUAUUUCCUGUACUUUAAAAAUUUGUUUACAAUGGCUGGGGAGAGAGUGUCAGACUUGCACACUGGAGGUUACUGGUUCAGUCCCCAGAACUGCAUGCACAGAGUGGUGCUCUGGUUUCUCUCUCUCCCUGUCUUGUGAAACUCAUGUCGAAAAACAACAAAACAAAAUAAAAUAUAUCUUUAAAAAGUACAAAG